AUGCCAACAUAUCUUGAUCGUUUACCAGUAGAAAUACUUUAUAUAAUCUUUCAAUUUAUGUCUAAUUGUGAUGUUAUAUGGUCAUUUUUUGAUGUUAGUCCUUAUUUAAAUGCUGUAUUAAAUAAUUAUAAUUGGCAUAAAUUAAAUUUUAAAUCAAUUUCAAAAAUACAUUUUGAUUUUAUUUGUAAUCAUUUAAAUUUACACAAAAUUAUAUCAUUAACUUUAUCAGAUGAUUUAAAAACACCUGAUCAAGUUCAACUUUUUUUUAAUCGAUUUAAUCUUCAAGAUUUUAUUAAUCUUCGUUCUCUUACAUUUCUAUCUAUAACUAAUGAAGAUAUAUAUCCUAUUUUAUUCAAUUUACCUAAACUUAAAUAUCUUACUUCAUUAAUUACAGAAUGUCGAUCAUCUCAACCAUUAUUACUUGGUCAAAUAUUAACUCAAUUAAAAUCUCUUGAAAAUCUUUCUGUUUCACAUGGUGAUAUAUUUGAUCAUAAUGUUGCCUUGCCAUUACGUAAUUUAAAAGUAUUACAAGCUGGUACUUGUAAUUUUUUGGAAUUACGUCGUUUACAAAUGAUUGUACCUUCACUUGUUUCACUUAAAAUUAAUCUUCAAGCAAAUCAUCAAUUACAAUUAUUAUCAGAUUUCGAUAUAUGGUCAUCUUUAGAACGACUUAAUCUUACUUUAAAUCAUGAAACAACAACAACAUUUAUUGAAAUUCAACGACUUCUUUUUCAUUUUUAUAAUUUAAUACAUUUAACAUUGAAUAUACGUGGAUCAGCAGAUAAUCUAGCAGAUGGAUAUCGCUGGGAAACAUGUUCGACAAUAAUUCGUCUUCGUAAAUUUAAUUUUAUUAUUGAAUUUCAAGAUCCAUUUACUGAUGAUAGUCAAGUAAUGAAUGAAAUUUUAAAAAGUUUUUCUACAUCAUUUUGGCGAGACAUUAAAAAAUGGUAUAUUGCUAUAACAACACAUAAUGUAUAUACAAUAUCUUGUUUUAAUGAUCAAUUAUUUAUUAUUCCAACUACUUCAUUACCUUUAUCAACAUCAUUUGAUAAUCAUUGGUAUUAUUCAAAAACUAAACGAAUAAAAAUUAGUAAAAUUAUUUCAUCAAUUAAUCUUAAUCAAUUUUAUAAUCUUGAACGAUUAGAUCUAUUUGAUGAAAAUAAACUUUUAUUAAUAGAUAAUAUUAAUCAAUUUAUUCAUCUUCGUCAUUUAAUAAUUCAUCAAAAUAUAUCAAAUAAAAUACUUUGUAAUAUACUUAAACAUAAUUCAAAUAUUGAUCAUCUUACUCUUUCACAAAAUAAUUUUCAUCAAUUAAUUCCAUUAGAAAAUAUUCAUUACUUACAUAUUGAAAAUAUAAUAAAAUUUACAAAUCGUACACAAAUUAAAGAACUUUAUCGAAUAUUUCCAUGUGUUCAACGAUUAUUUAUUCAUGUUAAUUCAAUAAGAUUAAUAUGUCAAAUAAUUAAUGGUUUUCAUCAUCUUGAAAAUGGUAUAUUUCAAUUUAAUGGUAUAAUUAAACCAAUAUCAAAUGAGUGGUUAAAAGAAAAUACACGUCUUAAUAAUAAAAUAUGCUCAUUUACAUGUCGAAGUGAACCAAAUAAAUUUUUAAUAUGGAUUAGUAAUUCGAUUGUACCAACUAUUCAUUUAAAAGAUAAUAUUGCGGAAAAUUUUAAUUCUAUUCAAGAUCAACGAUCAGAUAAAUGCUCAUUACAAUGA